AGGCCAAUGAAAGGAGAGGGUGGUUGCGUGCAACAGAGAAAUGAGGCGUUAUUUGAACAUUUACUUUUCUCAUUCAUCCCUUCACUUAUUCAUUCAACAAACAUUGAUGUAGGGGCCUUGGGUCGCACUGGUUGGAAAUACGGAGCUCUCUGCAAAGAAACAAGAGUGCUAAACCCGGCAAGUCUCCAGGGGAUCAUAACUCUACGGCUUACCUUAAUGAAUAUACUGAAAUAUUCAAGAUGUCUAACAGCUCUACCAAUGCCUGCGAUGACACUCCUUUGCAAUUUCAGCACACGCUCUAUGCAACCACUUACAUUACCAUCUUUAUCCCUGGUCUUCUGGCCAACACCGCAGCCUUGUGGGUUCUGUGCCGCUUCAUCAGCAAGAAAAACAAAGCCAUCAUUUUCAUGAUCAACCUCUCUGUGGCUGACCUUGCUCACGUGCUGUCCUUACCCCUCCGGAUUUACUACUACAUCAACCGCCACUGGCCUUUCCAGACGCCCCUUUGCCUGCUGUGCUUCUACCUGAAGUAUCUCAAUAUGUACGCCAGCGUUUGCUUCCUGACCUGCAUCAGCCUUCAGAGGUGCUUCUUUCUUCUCAAGCCCUUCAGGGCCAGAGACUGGAAGCGAAGGUACGAUGUGGGCAUCAGCGCUGCCAUCUGGGUCGUCGUGGGCACUGCCUGUUUGCCAUUUCCCAUCCUGAGAAGUGCUGCAUUAUCCAAGAAAAACGAAUCCUGCUUUGCUGAUCUUGGAUACAAGAAAAUGGAUGCUGUGGCUUUGGUUGGAAUGAUUACUCUUGCUGAGCUGGCAGGAUUUGUGAUCCCAGUCGUUAUCAUUGCAUGGUGUACCUGGAAAACUACUAUAUUCUUGAGACAGCCACCAACGGCUUUCCAGGGAAUCAGUGAGAAGCAGAAAGCACUGCGGAUGAUUUACAUGUGCGCUGCGGUCUUCUUCAUAUGCUUCACCCCCUAUCAUAUAAACUUUUUUUUUUACACCAUGGUACAGGAAAAAAUCAUUAUCAGUUGUUCCAUUGUCAGAAGCACACAGUAUUUUCACCCUUUUUCUCUAUGCCUUGCAAGUCUCUCCUGCCUUUUGAAUCCAAUUCUCUAUUACUUUAUGGCCUCCGAAUUUCGUGACCAACUGUCCCUUCAUGGCAACUCUCUGACCCGAUCCCGCCUCAUGAGCAGGGAGAGUGGUUCAUCAAUGAUUUCCUAAAAAUAAAAUAACUCUUAAGUUGCAACUUUUUUUAACUGGUCCCCCCCCCUUUUUUUUCCAAGACUGAAAGACCAGCCAAACAAUUUCUGUAACUGAACUUGGGGAACAACAGAAAUAAAUGUCCUCUUAUGUAAUAGUUGUGGUCAUAGGGGUCUGAUGGUAGAGGCAGAAUGUGAAAAAUGUGGGAGGAAAGGAAAAUUGGGUUUGCCUGUUCCCUCUUUGAAAUUCAAGGCACUUUCAAGUCUUUACAGAUGUUUUCAACCAAAUGCAAAUGAGAAAUUUUAUCUGAAACAUUUCUUCGGGAAAGGAUUGUUAAUAAGGUACAAUAAAUGAAUCUUUUCUAUGUGCAAAUCUUUUUAUAUGAAGACAUUUAUUUGUGAAUGAGAGUAAACAUAUCCUGUCUUUCCAAGAGAUAAAUGAGCAGGCGUGAGGGAGUGAAGAAUGAGGUGAUGUGGCACAAAUGUCAG